CAAGCCUUCCUCUCUGCUAAAACUGAAACUAUUCUUCACCAUACAAUAAUCCAUCUCUAUUCUCCUCUUUCUGCCAGUCAUGUCAACCAAACAAGCCCUCCCAGACUUCGAUGCUCCUGCCACAAGCGUGCUGAAGCCAUCGAGCUUAGCACACGUAGUCCUACGCACAUCAGACAUCAAGAAACUAACCGACUUCUACGUCAACUUCCUGGGUGGCAGCGUCACGUACAGCGACGACUCGCUCUCAUUCAUCACCUACGACGAAGAGCACCACCGAAUCGCCCUGAUCGGGAUCCCAGGCACGCCGGCCAAGGUCCCCAACAGCUGCGGCCUGGAGCACAUCGCCUUCACGUUCCGCACCCUGGCCGACCUCGCGCUGGCGUACCGGCAGCGCAAAGCCCUCGGCAUCGAUCCCGUGUGGAGCGUGAAUCACGGGCCGACGACCAGCAUCUACUACAAGGACCCGGACGGGAACAUGCUGGAGACGCAGGUCGACAACUUCGACACGGUGCAUGAGGCCGCGGCCUUUAUGCGGGGCGCCCACUUUGGCGAGAACCCCAUCGGCACCGACUUUGACCCCGAGGAGCUGAUCGCGGCCCUGAGGAGGGGCGAGAAGGAGAGUGACUUGAAGAAACGCCGGGAGUUAGGUCCCCGGGGCAUGCCGGACUUGGCUGGCAUGUAGCAUGCGUGGGCAUAGUAGAAGGGGCCGACGUUGUUUUCUUUUUUUCCCCUUCUUUUCCUUCUUUUUAUCCUCUC